AUGGUACAAAAUACUAAUGAGUUACAGGAUUUCUUAGAUGAAAAAAUAAUUGAUGAAUCAUGUAAAGCUCAUGAUGAUAAAAAAAUAAUCGAUGAAUUAUGUGAAUUAUAUGAAAAUAAAAAAAUAACUGAUGAAACAAAUGAAUUAAAUGAUGAUAAAAAAAUAAUUGAAGAAUUAUGCGAAUUACAUGAAAAAGAAGUACUCAAAGGAA